UUUUGUGAUCUUAUUCGAUUCCAUAUUUGUUAUAUCUGUGCAUGGCCAAAGUUCACCAACGAGAAUGUAAAGCUUUUUACUUACAAUUCAUUGAGAUCAGCGACAUCAGAUUUCCAUCCAUCAAAGCAGAAUCGGUGCGGUGGUUUCGGAGUUGUCUACAGGGGAGUUUUGAGGGAUGGUACUCAAGUAGCCAUCAAGAAACUGUCUGCAGAGUCUAAGCAAGGAUCUAAUGAAUUUGAUAGAGAUCGAUAUGAUAUCAAACAUCGACACACCAACCUUGUUGAACUAAUCGGUUGUUGUGUUGAAGAUGACCAUCAGGCCUUGGUCUACGAAUAUCCGGAGAAUAAUGACCUUGCCGGUGUUUUACUGGGUUCAAGAAGUAAACAUAUUGCUUUGGAUUGGCCAACAAGAGUCGCUAUUUGCUUAGGUACGACCUGCUGUUGCAUUUCUUCACUAUGAAGUUGUACAUCGCAUAUCGUCCACGUGGAUAUUAAAGCUAGUAAUACUCUGGAUGGAAAUUUUCAUCCUAAAAUUGGGGAUUUCGGGCUAGCUAAGCUUUUCCCGGACAAUGUCACUCAUGUCGAUUUUCGAGUAGCGGAGUCCAAUGGAUAUUUGGCACUAGAGUAUGCGCUUUUAGGACAACUAACCAAGAGCGAUGUGUAUGACUUUGGGGUGCCGCUUGAAAUAAUAAGUGGUAAAAGUAGUAGUAAGACAUUUGGAGUGGAAUUCAUGCUUCUGCUUGAAUGGACAUGGAAACUGAAAGAAGAAGACAGGCUUCUAGACAUUGUUGAUCUAGAAUUGAGUCAAUAUCAAGAAGAAGAGGUUCUGCGGUUCAUCAAGGCAGUAACAGGUGGUGUCUUUUUGAAGCUACCCUUUACAACAAUAUUUGAGUAUUUUCAGGGAGAUGAAUUGAAGGAAAGGAAAGUUACGGGGUUGGUUGGUGUCCAAGAAAAUGGGAAAGGGGAAUUGGCUUUGUCUUUGGGGAACAAGAACAAGUACAAGAGACUGGAUUUUGAGCUAUCUGAUGAAUUUGAUGAUGAGACUUCAAAUCAUUAUAAUGAACUAGUGAGGAAGAAAAGUAUCGGGAAAUAUAUUCUUGCUUGUGCUACUUUUGCAUCACUCAACAAUGUUCUUCUUGGCUGUGGGUUCUCAACCCUAGCCUUCAUGACGCUGUCGUCGACUGCUAUGGAACCACCGCGAACGGUGCUCGACUCCAGUGCUCGAAAUCAGGUAUUCGUGGAGAGAAACGUGUGCGUGGAGGAGCUGGUCUCGAAAUGUGCGGUGGCUGGAGGCUUUGCUGGAGGUGGGGGCUACGGCGUUACCUACUGCUAG